UUCUUUUAGCCGCCUCCCACAAAUCGCUUUGUCUCGGCUUUCGUAUUAAAUUCCCCGAAUCGUUUUGUCUACCGAAACCCGAUAUUCUGGCGACGUAUUCCUUUUUCUUACCGAUUCGAUUCCAUGCAAUUUGCUCCAUUUACAUCUUUAACUUGAAGUUCUCUCUCGUUUUGUCAUCUUCUGUGUAAAGCUAGGUUGAAGAAAAGAGGGACUGUAAAGAGAAACCCAGUUUCUAGGUUUGAGAGGUUCGUUAAAUUGUUUUUGCGUGGAAUUUAUACAUGGGUGAAUAUGAAGAGAUUGGAGCUGAUAUUUGCUCGGAUAUUGAAGUUGAUGAUAUAAGGUGUGGAAAUAUAGCUGAGAAAGAUGUUAGUGAUGAGGAGAUUGAAGCGGAAGAAUUGGAAAGGCGUAUGUGGAAGGACCAAAUCAAGCUGAAAAGGAUUAAGGAAAAAGAGAAGCUUGCGGCAAUACAAGCUGCUGAGAAGCAAAAACCCAAGCAGACAAAUGAUCAGGCUCGGAGGAAGAAAAUGUCUAGAGCGCAGGAUGGAAUUCUUAAAUAUAUGUUGAAGUUAAUGGAAGUGUGCAAAGUUCGUGGUUUUGUCUAUGGGAUCAUUCCUGAGAAGGGUAAGCCUGUGAGUGGUUCGUCUGAUAAUAUUAGAGCUUGGUGGAAAGAAAAGGUGAAAUUCGAUAAGAAUGGACCAGCUGCCAUAGCAAAGUAUGAAGCGGACUGUUUAGUCAUGGGUGAGGCUGAGAAUAAUCAAAAUGGGAACUCUAAGAGCAUUCUUCAAGAUCUGCAAGAUGCAACUCUAGGUUCUCUCUUGUCUUCUUUGAUGCAACAUUGUGAUCCUCCACAGAGGAAGUAUCCAUUGGAGAAGGGAGUUCCACCACCUUGGUGGCCUACUGGCAAUGAAGAUUGGUGGGUAAAAUUAGGGCUACCCCAUGGUCAGAGACCUCUGUAUAAAAAACCACAUGAUCUGAAAAAGAUGUGGAAAGUAGGGGUGUUAACAGCAGUGAUAAAGCACAUGUCUCCUGAUAUUGCAAAGAUCAGGAGGCAUGUCCGUCAGUCAAAGUGCUUACAGGAUAAGAUGACUGCAAAGGAAAGUGCAAUCUGGUUGGGGGUUUUGAGCCGGGAAGAAUCUCUUAUUCGGCAACCUAGCAGUGAUAAUGGAACCUCUGGGAUAACUGAAAUGCUUGUGGGUGACAAUGGUACUAAGAAGCGACAUGCCAUUAGUAGUGACAGCAACUAUGAUGUUGAUGGUAUUGAUGAUGGUGUGGGCUCUGUGUCAUCCAAAGACAACAGGGAAAAUCAACCAAUGGAUGUAGAGCCAGCAAAUGGUGCUGGCAAUUCCUUAGCCCAAUCUGGCCAAGAAAAUAGACCAAAACCAAAAAAGACCAGGAGAGGUGGAUACCGUGGGAAACCAAGGCCUGCUAAUCAAGCUCAUAGAAUGUCUCCUAAUGAGUGCCAACAUGAUGAGCCAAAAAGAAAUUUGCCUGACAUAAAUGAAAAUGAUAUACCCCUCAUUGAUUACAAUGCACAUGAUAAUCAGCAGGAAAACUUUGCAGUGGCAGCAUUGAGGCCCCCAGAUGUAGGUUUAGAGGACUCGGCAGAAAUAACAGCAUCUGAGUUAGACAAUUUGCCGCUUGUUCCUUCUGCCGGUCAUAUUUCUACACCUAGAAUGUAUGCGGAAGAUACACCCAUGAUGUAUCCUAUGAUGCCAAAUGCUGAGUUACAAAAUGACACUACUUACCCCCUUUAUAAUCCAUCAUUCGAAGUGGGGCCCAGUCAUGUUUUGUCAAAUGGUCGAAUUGAAAUGAAUGCAUCACAGAUUAGGCCAAAGGAUAAUGGAGGCUAUGUAGAAGCAUUAGACAGAAAUGAAAAUGGCAUUAGUAAUGGUGAAUUGCACCCUUAUAUGGUAGACGCAUUUCAAAAUGAACCAAAUAGGCAUGCUGGUAUUACAUUUGGAUCUUCAAUUGGUAGCCCGUUGAUUGAUUUUGGUGGGCUCAGCAGUCCAUAUUAUCCUGGAAUUGAAGGCACAAGUAUUGAUGACCUCUUCUCUGACAAUGACUACCUACAAUACUUUGGUGCAUGAUUUGCCAAUAGUGAUACUUCUGAGCUAGUAAUGUGAGUGAAGUUCUCACUGACCUUAUUAGUCAUGUUUAUUGAUCUUAGAAGACUCUUUUUAGUUUAUUCCUAUUGUUCUGGGCUAUUUAAUUUUCUCUUGUACAACUCAUUAUUUUGAGAACAAAUGAAUGAAGGUACAAUGGCUUCUUGUAAAUGGGUCAAUUUGUUCAUAUUGUAUUCUAAUUUCUCUGGGCAAGUUGAAUUCCUAAUAAAUAGUCUCAUAUUGUAUUCUUUCAUGUAAUGAUGACAAUAGAUUUCUAUCUUUUGUUUA